GAGCUGAGGACGUGAGCUUUGCCAGCCCGAGGACAGGGCGGGUACACUCCGUGCAUCCUUCAGCUGGGCAUGAAUCUCCUGGAUGCAGGUUGUCUUGAUUCAGGUGUUGGAAGGUCAGCACAUAUCUGGAUAAUCUUUUUAACCUGGCAUGAAGCGUGCAACAGUGCCGUCCGCACCUUGUGAUUGGAGGAUACUGGGGAGUUUUACAGCUGAAAGGUCAAGGAGAGGGCUGGUUUUCACUCAGCUGCAUAAGGCGCUGAACUUCUGCGCUCGGAACUUCCUCAAGGCCUAGAGGGGUGGGCAGACGUGGAUGACUUCCCAGCCCACCGUGGGUAACAGGCUGCUGCUCUGUGUCAGUGGCUGGACACUGCUCACUGCUCCCUGCUCACUGCUCCCUGCUCCCCAGCCAGAGCUGAACUGUCACCGACCACGAGUCUGGUGGCUGGAUGUGGGAUUUCUGCAAAUCUGAUUCUGAUACUAAAGGAGGAUUCAAGGAGGUGAAGACAUACUGAGAUAGACGUGACACCUUGGUACCUGGCUGGUCAGUGACACGGUGCUGUGACAAAUGACUCCAGUUAAGCCUUUUGGUGAGAUGCAGGGUACGAGGUCAUAGUGUUCGCCUGGCCCUGCUCCAUCUACAAUUCUGGGACCUUCUUGACCCUAUUGGAGACGUGCCGCUUGCCAGAGUCUGAAAAAGCUGGUGGCAGAGGCCUACCGUCAGCAAACUUUACUGGUCUCUGCAUUAUCCACAUAAACCUGCCAUCGUCUGAGGCUUGUCCUGUGGGAGCAACACUGAUAAAUAGUGAAUCUCCAGAAGGUAGAUUUACCUUCUGUAACUUACUGAGCACUUCUGGCUCUCCGAUGAUCCUGAUGUCGCCUCAUGUACUUUGACAACAAAGAGAAGAAGCGUGAAGGAAAGGAGGCUAGAAGAGUGUGUCACACAACAUAAAUGAGAAACGAGCCGAGACGCUAAGACCCACCAUGGACACCAGGGCAGUGAACAAGGAGAUGGCCCUGAUCAGCAAUGUCCUGGCAGCCUACACCUUUAUUGCAGACCACCUGGAGCGCGCGGCCCUCUUCUUCGUGUGCGGGGUGUGCCUGGGCCUGUUCCUCACGCUCCUCGCUUUGGUGGUGCAAAUCUCCUGUCGGACGGAGUGUCGGACCGGUCCGAGGCGUCAGCCCAGGUCACGCCCACGGGUUGCCAAAGAGGACGGCGAGGGGAGCAACUCCGACUCGGAUUCAGACUCGACCUCGGACCUGUCGGCGCGGCGCCACCGGCGUUUCGAGCGCACGCUGCGCACAAAUGUCUUUGCGUCAGCGGAGGAGCUGGAGCGCGCGCAGCGGCUCGAGGAGAGGGAGCGCAUCAUCCGCGAAAUCUGGAUGAACGGGCAACCCGACGUCCCUGGCACGCUCAGCACCAGCCGCUACUACUGACCCUUGAAAGACUCCUCUAUUCGGUUCCUUUUUUUUGCCAUUAACAGCGUGAGCUGCAGUGCGUUCCUUAAGGUCAGGAGUCUGCACAUGCAUUGCAGAAUAAUUUAUAGGCAACCUGUCGACCUUUAACGGACCUCUAAAGAUGCAGAAAACUUAAGCAACUCUGCGGUGGCAAGUGGCUGUAUUGUGCAUAGGGACACCGAGCCAUUUGCUGCCUAUGAUGUUAGAUAAGACGAGGCUAAAUGUGCCUCUGAAUACGAAUGAACUUCCCUUGAGGUACAAUGAUUCAGAAAUGAGAGAUUUAAAACUCUGGACGCAAAUAAGACUCCUGUACACAGGCCUCCGUGAUGGGCAUCUGUGUACAAAACCGCUAUGUGCGAAUCAGACUAUGAACCAAAAACGUUUUCAUCUCAGCCUUCUUGAAAUCUAUAUUAAUAUUUAAUUUUGCUAUAUAAUGCUUUUUUUUUUUUUUUUUACUUUUGUCUGGCAUCUCAGGGAUAACAUCCUAGUAUUUUCAGUCAUUUGUAUUUUUUUCUUUUUGAGAAAGCAUUUGGGACCUUACUUGAGGUGUGGGUAUUUGAUUUGAAAAAAAGAGAUGUGCCUUAUCUGUCAAACAAGGUAGAAUACAGAGGACAAAGAAAAUGCAUCUGUCAUGCCCGGCUCGUCCGCUCCUCGUGUGUGCCACGCCCCCUGCUUACCCACGUGUGCUUCCCUGAUCGUACCCAGCUGUGUCCGUUUACUUUCAAUCAGUCCUGUGUAUUUAAGUCCUGGUCUGACUCGUUUCCCCUGUCCGUCAUUGUAGUUAGUUGUGGUCUGGUGAUGCGCUUUCCCGGUUGCUGUUUCCUGAUCCCUGUUUCCAUUAAAACCCGUAGUUUACCCCGA